AUGAAUUCGUUUCACUCUGAGUGUGAUAUUGAUCCUUCAUCUUCUAAUGAGCGUAUUAUUGAUAAUGCCUUAUCUGCAAAUGAAGUUGAUGAUGAUUCGGAAAAUGAGUCUGAUACUGCGACUAAAAUUGUGAAUGCUGAAGGCGAAAUAUCUAAAAAUGAGGAAUAUGAAAAUGAACUCGAAGACAGCCCUCUAAAAGAGAUAUAUUCUGAACAAACCUUUACCUCCUUUGAAGUGCUUGA